GGAGAACCCAGUAGAGUUUGACUCCGUGUUCAAUGAGAGCAGACACACCUGGCGCUGAGGCAGCCCUGACAUCCUACCCAUGUGUGCCAAAGGUGAAGAUGGCUCAGAAAAAGCAACCAACAUUAUCCUUUCUCUUCACUCCAUACCAGUUGCUGACAGAGUCACGCCAGGCAGAGUUUAUCAACGAGGCCAGGGUUCUGAUCCAACUACAGGAAUAUGAAGAAUCUAUAAGUACUGUACACUGGGUAUCAAACCCUGGUUGUCUGUACAACUGACCGAGUAAGCCCUCUGUACGACUGACCGAGUAAGCCCUCUGUACGACUGACCGAGUAAGCCCUCUGUACGACUGACCGAGUAAGCCCUCUGUACGACUGACCGAGUAAGCCCUCUGUACGACUGACCGAGUAAGCCCUCUGUACGACUGACCGAGUAAGCCCUCUGUACGACUGACCGAGUAAGCCCUCUGUACGACUGACCGAGUAAGCCCUCUGUACGACUGACCGAGUAAGCCCUCUGUACGACUGACCGUGUAAGCCCUCUGUACGACUGACCGUGUAAGCCCUCCGUACGACUGACCGAGUAAGCCCUCUGUACGACUGACCGAGUAAGCCCGCUGUACGACUGACCGAGUAAGCCCGCUGUACGACUGACCGAGUAAGCCCGCUGUACGACUGACCGAGUAAGCCCUCUGUACGACUGACCGAGUAAGCCCUCUGUACGACUGACCGUGUAAGCCCUCUGUACGACUGACCGAGUAAGCCCUCCGUACGACUGACCGAGUAAGCCCCCUGUACAACACACCGAGUAAGCCCUCUGUACGACUGACCGAGUAAGCCCUCUGUACAACUGACCGAGUAAGCCCUCUGUACAACUGACCGAGUAAGCCCUCUAUA